CUUUCUCUCUCUACUUUCUCUCUCCUAAUGUUGGUAUACACCGAUGACUGUUGGCUCUCAGUCAACCUUCUCUCUCCACCUCUAAAACCAUUUUCGUCGUCUUCCCCUUGUUGUUUUCUUCAACUGUUUAUACAAUCCAAUUUCACCAAUUUUUUUUUACUUAUCUGCCGAUUCCAAAUUAGAAGAGGAAAAAGAGAAAGAAACCCUAAUUCCACAAUUCAUCCAUCUCCAAACUCUUUAUUGGGUUGGAGCUUUUUCAGUUCCAGACGAUGCCCAAUCGUCUGAUGAGAGUUGGGUUUUCCUGAUAAUUUCUCCUAAAGGUUUCGAGAUCCAAGUCAAAGGUACUUAAUAUCUGAUGGCUGGAAGCUACGAUGGAAGUUAUGACCUUGGUAGCCAGUCAGAUGAGAGCUAUCAUUUUGAGAGAGUACACAUAGAGCCUAUAUAUGAUGCAUUUAUAUGCCCUUUAACAAAACAAAUUAUGCGCGAUCCUGUUACCUUAGAAAAUGGACAAACUUUUGAGCGAGAAGCCAUUGAAAAGUGGUUCAAAGAAUGCAAGGAGAGCGGAAAAACGCUGCUUUGUCCGUUGACUCUAAAAGAAUUAAGAAGUACAGAAAUGAACCCGAGUAUAGCUCUGCGGAACACUAUUGAAGAAUGGAAUGCCAGGAAUGAAGCUGUUCAACUUGAUAUGGCUCGAAAGUCAUUAUAUCUGACCAGUCCAGAGAAUGAAAUUAUGCAGAGUUUGAAGUUUGUCCAGUACCUCUGCCAUAAAAGCCGGUCAAAUAAACAUGUUAUUCGGAACGAGGAGCUGAUACCUAUGAUUGUUGACAUGUUGAAGAGCAGCAGUCGUAGAGUUCGUUGCAAAGCUUUGGAAACUCUUCGAAUUGUAGCAGAGGAAGACUCUGAUAAUAAGGAGAUAAUGGCUGAAGGGGACACAGUACGAACAAUAGUUAAGUUCUUGUCUCAUGAGCAAUCGAAAGAGAGGGAAGAGGCUGUCUCUCUGCUGUUUGAGCUCUCCAAGUCUGAAACUUUGUGUGAAAAGAUUGGUUCUGUUAAUGGAGCAAUUCUUAUAUUGGUUGGAAUGACUAGCAGCAAAUCAGAAAAUUUGUUGACUGUUGAGAAGGCUGAGCAAACUUUGGACAAUCUCGCUAAGUGUGAGAAUAAUGUAAGGCAAAUGGCUGAAAAUGGUAGAUUGCAACCUCUUUUGACACUACUCCUUGAAGGCCCACCAGAAACUAAGCUAUCCAUGGCUGCGUACCUUGGUGAGUUGGCUCCAAACAAUGAUGUGAAGGUAUAUGUGGCCAGAACUGUCGGUUCAUCACUGAUCAAUAUCAUGAGAAGUGGUAACAUGCAGUCGAGAGAAGCUGCUUUAAAAGCGCUGAAUCAAAUCUCAUCUUGCGAGGCAAGCGCCAAGGUGUUGAUCGAUGCCGGUAUACUUCCCCCACUUGUCAAGGAUCUAUUAUUCACUGUUGGCACGAACCAGCUUCCAAUGCGGCUAAAAGAAAUCUCCGCAACGAUUCUUGCCAGCGUGGUUAACUCGGGCUGCGAUUUUGAUUCAAUCUCGAUUGGACCUGACCACCAGACUUUGGUCUCAGAAGACAUAGUUCAUAAUCUACUCCAUCUUAUUAGCAACACUGGCCCUCCAAUAGAAUGCAAGCUCCUCCAUGUCCUCGUUGGUCUUACUAGUUCUCCCGCUACUGUCCUGAGUGUUGUUUCUGCCAUUAAAAGCUCUGGUGCUACCAUCAGUUUGGUUCAGUUCAUCGAGGCUCCUCAGAAUGAUUUGCGUGUGGCUUCCAUAAAGCUUCUUCAGAAACUCUCUCCAUACAUGGGUCAAGACCUAGCCGAUGCUUUACGUGGCACAGCUGGCCAACUCGGCACCCUAAUCAAAGUCAUAUCAGAAACAAUCAGUAUCACUGAAGAGCAAGCCGCAGCAGUGGGCCUUUUAGCUGAUCUUCCAGAGAGGGACAUGGGGCUCACGAGGCAGAUGUUAGAUGACGGUGCUUUUCAGGUAGUCAUUUCCAGAAUCAUUCGGAUCAGGCAAGGCGAGACUAGAGGCAGCCGCUUUGUCACGCCGUAUCUAGAAGGGCUCGUUCAGGUUCUCUCGAGGGUUACUUUCGUGUUGGCCGACGAGCCUGAUGCAAUUACACUCUGUCGCGAACACAAUCUUACCUUGUUAUUCACUGACCUCCUUCAGACCAACGGGCUUGACAAUGUACAGAUGGUUUCCGCCAUGGCCUUAGAGAACCUAUUCCAAGAAUCUAAAAGUUUGACAAAACUACCUGAGUUGCCGAAAUCUAGAUUUUGUGCCUCAAUUUUUCCGUGUAUAGGCAAGCCACCUGUGAUAACCGGAGUGUGUAAGAUCCACCGUGGCAUUUGUUCAUUAAAAGAAACUUUUUGCCUCUUGGAAGGUCAAGCUGUGGAGAAGUUGGUGGCUCUUCUAGACCACACAAAUGAGAAGGUGGUUGAGGCGGCACUUGCUGCACUGUGUACUUUAUUGGAUGACGGGGUUGAUAUUGAACACGGGGUGAUGGUAUUGUGUGAUGCAGAGGGAAUCAAGCCUAUACUCGAUGUGUUGCUAGAGAAACGAACAGAUAAUCUCCAGAGGAGGGCAGUUUGGGCAGUUGAGAGACUUCUGCGCUCUGAUGAUAUAGCCUAUGAAGUUUCCGGUGAUCCAAAUGUUAGUACAGCACUUGUUGACGCUUUCCAACAUGGUGACUACAGAACACGACAGAUUGCUGAGCGCGCCCUAAAGCAUGUUGACAAGAUACCCAAUUUCUCUGGUGUGUUUCCAAACAUGGGAUGAACCAUUUUUAAAUGCAUCACUUGCAACGACAGUUGAUGAAAUGGAAGACCUUACAUUUAUUGAUUAUUCUUCCGAUUAAUAUCGAGAGGUUUUUGCUUCAUAUCGAGAGGUUUUUGAGCUGCAUCAAAGAUUUUGGUAUGUGAAGAAGCAUCAUGAAAAGGUGGAUAAUGUUAAUUUCUGUUCUAUAAUUUGUAGAGGGAGGGUCAGUCUCAGUUAUGGUUCAUUUGUUCUUCAUCUUUCUGGUUUGGGUUUAUUUUACAUGAACUGCAUAUAUUUGUACUUGGCUUUGGAGUGGGGACGCAAUGUUUUGUACAUUUUUAAUAUCAGAUUUCAACAAAAGAUUCAGAAUAAAUGGCGCAGCUGUUUUUCUCA